GCGGAGCAGAGCUGUAGCUACAGCCUCAGCCCUAAGUAGCUGCGGUGGGCGCCAGACCCGCCCGGCACCUCCCCGCGUCGCACCGCACCGCACCGCACCUCCCUGCUCUGGGAACCCGGCUGCACAUUCCGCCGCGUGCAGCUAGAUCUCCAGUCCAAUUGCACUGCCAGGAGCGAGCCGCUCGUCCCACACCCGAAGUCCCAGAUGGCUUCUGUGACUGAUGGUAAAGCCGGAGUCAAAGAUGCUUCUGACCAGAAUUUUGACUACAUGUUCAAACUGCUCAUCAUUGGCAACAGCAGUGUUGGCAAAACCUCCUUCCUCUUCCGCUAUGCCGAUGACACCUUUACCCCAGCCUUUGUCAGCACUGUGGGCAUCGACUUCAAGGUGAAGACAGUCUACCGCCAUGAGAAGCGAGUGAAGCUGCAGAUCUGGGACACAGCUGGGCAAGAGCGGUACCGGACCAUCACCACAGCCUAUUACCGUGGGGCCAUGGGCUUCAUUCUGAUGUAUGACAUCACCAACGAGGAGUCCUUCAAUGCUGUCCAAGAUUGGGCUACUCAGAUCAAGACCUACUCCUGGGACAAUGCGCAGGUUAUCCUGGUGGGGAACAAAUGUGACAUGGAGGAAGAGAGGGUUGUUCCCACUGAGAAGGGCCGGCUUCUUGCAGAGCAGCUUGGGUUUGACUUCUUUGAAGCCAGCGCCAAGGAGAACAUCAGUGUGAGGCAGGCCUUCGAGCGCCUGGUAGAUGCCAUUUGUGACAAGAUGUCUGAUUCGCUGGACACAGACCCCUCUGUGUUGGGCACCUCCAAGAACACCCGUCUCUCAGACACCCCACCGCUGCUGCAGCAGAACUGCUCAUGUUAGGCAAGGCCCACCCUCCCGAUUUCCCCUUCUUGUGACCCCACACCCACUCUGCUUCCCGCAUUACACUCUGUCCACCCCCAGCCCCAAGCAAGCUGAGUUGCUGCUGUUCUUUGCCUGUAGUGGAGGUGGAAGCAUGCCCCUCGAAUUCUCUGCAGAUGGCCUCCCUUGCAGACACCCAGCCCCAAACCAACAACCAGGUCAUGGCAUGGGUUAAGGUUCACUUUACAAAAGAAGACUCAAUCUUACAAAGGGGAUUCACUUCAGGGACGUGGAGAGUGAGUCUCUUUUCUGCCUUUAAAAUAAGAUUUCCUCCUUUGACCAAAAUUUGACACAUGCACACUUUUCAGGCCUGGCCAACUGGGUAAGUGAGGCCAAUCUACACAGCUAAUCCUAUUAAAGAAAACCUCCUCAUACACAACAUGCUUGUUUCAUAUCAGACUCCCUGUGGGGCUUCCUCUCAAAGCCCUAUGGCUAUUACCAUGGAUGCCCACAGAGCCUGGGCAGUUGCUGUGGUGACAGGCCAGAGCUAAUCUCCAGAGAGCUCAGACUCUCUAAUGAUGCUGAAGGAGCAAAGGCUAAGCCAGAAAUACAUUUAAAAGAAAAGAUUAUUCCCUGCAAAAUGUCAAAGGUUCCUGCUAUAUUAAAGAGUAGACGAGUGAGCUCAAGAAAGAGAAAGAGAAAGAAAAGAGAAUCACAGGCAAGAUAAAGGAACAGGUCAUGACUUUCUGAUUUUGCUGCUUUCCAGGUGGUUCUUAACUGUGGGAACUCCAUGAAAUUGGUCUUUGUUUUUUAGACUCCCAGAAUUUGAAAUAUUUAGAGUUACCUGGUCUGACUAGUCAAUUCCAGUCUUCACAUCUCUGAUAAGUGGCUGUCAGACCUCACAACCAAAUCUCUUUCUUCUAAAGCAUACCUUCUAGGCAGGGAUGGGAGCUCGUUGUCCGUACCAUCUUUGGGCAACUCUCAUAAUUGAAAUUUUCCUUGCUUUAGGCUGAAAUCUGUGCCCUGGCAAUUCUUCUUCCUCUUUUUACCCCAUUUGUACCAGCUCUGCUGUCAGAGACCUCACAGUCUCUGCCCCUUGACACCCUCAGAUAAUUUGAGAACAGAAAUCAUGACCUCUGCCUUUUCUCCAAGUCAGAUAGUUCUGCUGUUCUUCAUGGUGUCUUCCCUCCAAACUGCCCUUUCCUCCAACCCAUCUUUCAAUCACUGCUGAGUAGUACAACUGGGAAAUGUAAUUUAAGGCAGAAUAAAUCUAGGGGGCAUGACCCUGAAAAAAUUGGGAAAACUGAACUCAGAGGUCCCAAUCCCAAACUCACCCUCCUGGGAGUGAAAUCUUAGUUUCCACUGAAGAGAGGAUGUGAAACCAUUCCUAGGGAAAGCUGCUUAAUGAAAGCUGCUUAAUUAGUCACAUAAUGAGUAAAAGGAAAAACCAAAACCAAAAUCAAAACCACAUGAAAACCUUUGACACCAGAAACAAAUGGAGUGGAUUCUAGCUUGUUUAGACAUGGCACAUGUUUGGUUUUUAGCUGAAAUAAUGACAUGGAACUAGCACUGAUUCUUGAAAAAUCUUUCCUCCCAGCCCUAGCCCGAAUCCCCACUUCCCCCUUCACUAACAUGCCACCUCAGAAGUUGGUGGGGGAAGUUUUUUGUCCCAAGUUUUUUGUCCAUUCCAAAUGCAGUUUGUUAUCCUAGGAAAGUACAUUAACUAGCAUAGGUCCAAUGACUGCAUAAGAGGACCCCCCAGAGUCCUCCCCGUGGAGAUGUUGCUUUCUUUGAUGUGAUGCAGAGGAUAGAGCUUUUGGACUUGGACUUGGAAUCAGGAGACCUGGACUCUGCCCUUAAAUCAAGUGUGACUCUGG